AUGAAUAAAAAAUAUCCAAAUAUGAGUCAAGACGAUAUUCUUCAGUCAACCAAAUCUGUUAUUCAAGGACUUGAUGCAUUAAAGAAUGAACAUGGAAAAAUGCUUGAAAAUGUUAUUGAUUCAAUGAAUACUUCAUUGCAAAUAGAUACAAAUAAACUCGAAGAAAAAGCUGGUUUAUUAAGAAAAUCUAUGGAUAUGAUUGAAUUAGGUAUCGGUGAAGCUCAAGUAAUGAUGCAAUUAGGAAAUCAUCUUCAAAAUCUUGAAGCUGAAAAACAAAAAUUACGUACACAAGUUAAACGUCUAUGUCAAGAAAAUGCUUGGUUAAGAGAUGAAUUAGCAUCAGCACAAAAAAAAUUACACGAAUGUGAACAAUCUAAUGCUGCUUACUCAGUUGAAAUAGAACAUUUAAAAUUUCUUAAAGAUGUUAAACAAUAUGAUCUAAAUGAUAAUAAUUCAUUAACAAAUAAUAAUCCAUCAUCAACAAAUAUAUCUUCUGGACAAACUACAGAUCUUGUUAAUGAUUUAUUUCCAAAUGAUGAUGAUAUUUAUAUGGAUCAACAAGAUAUGACAACUGGAACAAAUCAAUCAAAACGAUUUGAUUCUUAUGCUGAUUUAACGAUGUCACCAUCACAAUCAGCUAGUGGUUCAUUUAUGUCAGCAACUGGUUAUGAAAUACCAGCUAGAUUAAAAACUUUACAUAAUUUAGUUAUUCAAUAUGCAUCUCAAGGUCGAUAUGAAGUUGCUGUACCAUUAUGUCGACAAGCACUUGAAGAUUUAGAAAAAACAUCGGGCCAUCAACAUCCGGAUGUUGCCACAAUGCUCAAUAUUCUUGCUCUUGUUUAUCGUGAUCAAUCAAAAUUUAAAGAAGCUGGUGUUUUACUUAAUGAUGCACUAGCUAUUCGUGAAAAAACACUUGGACUUGAUCAUCCAGCUGUAGCAGCUACAUUAAAUAAUCUAGCUGUUCUUUAUGGUAAACGAAAUAAAUUUAAAGACGCCGAAGGUUUAUGUAAACGUGCUCUUGAAAUUCGUGAAAAAUGUCUUGGAUCAUCACAUCCCGAUGUUGCUAAACAACUUAAUAAUUUAGCAUUACUUUGUCAAAAUCAAGGAAAAUUUGAUGAAGUUGAAUCAUAUUAUAAACGUGCUAUUGAAAUAUAUACAAAAACUUUAGGUAUAGAUGAUCCAAAUGUAGCUAAAACAAAAAAUAAUCUUGCAUCAGCUUAUCUUAAACAACAAAAAUACAAAGAAGCUGAACAAAUCUAUAAAGAUGUUUUAACACGAGCACAAGAAAAAGAAUUUUCAAAUAAAACUUCUGCCAUACAACAACAACAACAACAAGAAACUCAAAAAUCUCAACAAUCAAAAAGUGGAACAACAGGAGGAAAUUAUGAUGCACAAGGCGGAUGGUAUAAAACAAUUUUAACUGAUCAACCAACAGUAACAACAACAUUAAAAAAUCUUAGUUUAUUAUAUCGACGUCAAGGAAAAUUUGAAGCAGCUGACAUAUUAGAAAAUUGUGCAACUAAAGCACGAAAAGAUCCACAAGCAAUAAUUCAAGCACUUAAUAUUGUUAAACAAACGAAUUUAACUACUCAACAACAACAACCACCACCGUCAUCAGCUUCAUAA